AUGGACCAGCUGACACUCUCACCUCUCCCCAAGCUCUACGUCUACCCUAUCAAGUCCCUGCGACCAACUUCCCUGUCGGAGGCCAUUCUCACGCCACGGGGACUUCCCUAUGACCGCUGCUUCAUGCUGCUGAAAGUCGAGGCCGGCGAGAAUGGAUCCCCGCCGACCCUCAAGAACAUGCACAUCCCGCAUUUCCCCGAAAUGUCUCUGUUCCACACGGAUAUCGAGUUCCCCAAGACAGACCAUGAUUGCGGGAAAGUCAUUGUUACGCACCGCUUGCCGGGAUCUAGAAAAUCCCAGAAACUGGAGGUCCCCCUGCAGCCCGAUGUGGGGAGCCUCAAGCCCCUGCAGAUCGUCAUGCAUCGCAGCCCUACUAUGGGGUAUGACAUGGGCGCGCAGUAUAAUGAGUGGUUUAGUGAGCGCUUUGGAUAUUCCGUCAAGCUGGCUUAUUUGGGCUCCCAUUCCCGAGAAGUGCUAGGGACUCUGGCGCCGGGAAAGCGCAAGAAAAGUCUCACUCUUCUGGGGCGGACAUUGAUGCCAACCGAGGGAAUUGGAAAGUGGUUGAAUCUGAUUCUAGCUACAGCAGUAGCAGUCAAAGCCAUCUGCAUGAUCCAGGGGUCUGUCCAGGAAAAGCCGCUACCAGUGAGUGCUGCCUUCCUCGUUGCGGCGUUGGCUCCGGUUGUCGUCGCAGUUUACUACGUGCUCUCUGCUCGCGCGUCUGAAGACCGCAUUACCUUUGCUGACUGUGCUCCGUACCUUCUCAUCUCCGAGACGUCGGUGUCGAAUGUCUCGGCGCGGCUUCCAGAGGGAGAGGAGAUGGAUCGCACCAAGUUCCGGCCCAACAUCGUUGUGUCCGGCGCGGAGAAUGCGUUCGAGGAAGAAUUCUGGUCUGCACUGACCGUGGGACCAGAACGUACCCGUCUGUUUUUGACGGGGAACUGUGUGCGAUGCCAGAGUCUGAAUGUGGAUUUCACGACGGGCAAGAUAGGCACGGGGGAGUCGGGCAACGUGCUCAAGAAACUGAUGAAGGACCGGCGGGUAGACCGCGGUGCCAAGUACAGUCCAGUCUUUGGCCGUUAUUCUUUCCUUGAUCCUGCCGGCGCAGGCACGCGGAUCUGCGUUGGAGAUGAAGUGGUCGUGUCGCAGACGAGCGAAGAGAGGACCGUUCUCGACUGGCCUGGACUGACCAACUGA